AAAGGAAAAUGUUCACUAGGUGAGUGCGGGAUAGUUUCACUUUAGUUCGGUGCAUCAACAUGAGGUCCUACAUGUUGAUUUUAGUGGCUGCAGCUGUCGUCUGCAUUGCAUCUGCUCAAAAGUCGAAUUCAGCGAGGGACAGCGGAUGCCGCAAAGACAACGGCCUCUUCGAGCACGAGCAAUACUGUGAUUAUUACUACGAGUGCGAAAAUGGCGUAGCAACGCUGCAGCUGUGCCCCAACGGCCUGGCUUUCGCCGGAAAGAACCGUGGCCUUCGAGGAAACUGUGACUACCCGCAUCGAGUCGAAUGCCCGGACGACGAAGGGCGGGUCAUGGGACAGUCUCCGAUCAGCACGGAGAACUGCCACUGGCAGUACGGAGUGUUCGCGCACCAGACCAGUUGUACCCGUUACUGGCAGUGCUGGAACGGAACCUCCACUAUCCAGCAGUGCCCAUUCUCACUCCUCUAUAAUGACGUCAUGCACGCGUGCGACUGGCCCGAUAACGUCCCAGACUGUCAGAAGCAUCCCAUUUGCAAGGACAACCCUAAUGGCCACCUUCCAAUUGAAAAGAGCUGCGUCCGGUACUGGCUCUGCGUAGGGGGUUACCCAAGGCUCCAGCGUUGUCCUGCCGGUCUUGCUUUCAACCCAACAUCGUCGCGCUGUGAGCUGGCCGACAACGUUCCAGGAUGCGAGCCACCACCGACUACUCAGCCCCCGGAGGACCAGGCUGAGGAGCCCCAGCAACAGAGGCCUCAACAACAGAGACCGCGCCAGUCUCAGGCUGCUCGUCCCGUCCCUGUCCAGGCCGUACAGCAGAGACCAGCACAACAGCGUUUCGUUCCCCAAGCUGCCGCGCAAGCUGCACCGGUUGUACCCGUGGCUAGCCAAGAGGACAACUCCGCCGACUACGCCGACAAUUCCCAAGAGUCUCCGUUGCCCCAAGCCAGACCUCAGGCGAUCAGGAGGUCCCAAUUCCGACAAGCCGGAAAAUAGGAGAGGGGGAACGCUUAAGUCGCACGUUAUAAAUGUUCUCCGUUGAAAAUAUGCCAAUCACAGAUGCUGCGGAUUUUCAACGUUGAACCCCAGACAUCCCGCGGUUUCUGAAGGAAAUCCCCAGUGACGCGUGUAAUUAUUUAGUAGCGGAAGACAUAAAAUUAAGGAGGGUGCUUACGGGUCUUAAGCUGGUAAGCCAUCAAGAUGCAAAUGUCUCCCUCGUACUCAAAAGUAUCCCAGUCUUGCACGUGCAAAUGGUAUGAGUCACGUUGAAGUCACUGCGCUCAUUGUUGAGCAUUCCAUGUUCAGACCCAUUCGAAGGCUUGGGUAGCUACACAUUCCAUUCCAUUUUUUGUGUGUAUGUUUUUUACUGCAUCCCAUAAUAAAAUAUGCAUCAACAGUCCA